UAAAAUAAUUAUAUAUGCAUCUGAAAUAAAUCGGUUGAAAAUGGUCUACGGAUGAUUACAAAUAUUAUACACUUGACAUUAUGUAAUUUAAUUAUUCGUCCUAAUUAAUUUUCAUUCACUCCGUACUUUUGUAAACACAAAAUUUGAGUUAAUAUUUUGUAGUUUGUUAGUUUUCGCAUUAUCAGAGGUUAUAACCAAAUGAAAACACACUAGCCUUCUGCUAAGAUUCAAGAAUGACACUGUCAGUACCAUUGUCCCUACUUCAAAGACUCUAUGUGUAUGCCAUCCAUGGCUAUGUGUGUGAGGUCUGCUUCACUGCUUUAUGGCACUUCAUAGUAGACCGUAACUGGAAACUUACAGGCUACACCAGUAUUUGGAUCCUGUUCAUCUAUGGGUCUUCCAUGCUAGUCCAAGAACAGUUGUAUAUACGAACAAGUCACAGGAUUCCAAUGCUAGUUAGGGCAUUGAUUUACACGGUGUGGACGUAUGUAUGGGAGUUCAGUACUGGGUUAUUAUUGCGACAAUUUGAUGCUUGCCCCUGGGAUUAUGAACCUUGGUACGAAUACCACUUUAUGGGUUUAGUUACCCUAGAAUAUGCAUUCUUCUGGUACAUCGGAGCACUACUUGGUGAGCAGAUUGUCAUCAAAAAUACACUAAAGCUACAUUGGGCACCAGAGCUAAAGAAAAUAACAGCUGUUGAAGAUGCUAAAAAACAAGAAGUGAAUGGCUUAAAGACUGAUUAACAUUCUUUAUUAGAGGUGUACACUUAUAUGGCAUCUAUAUUACAAGGUUGUACUUCCUAGUCUUAAACUGGACAAAUCUAGUGAGAUCACACACUUAUACAUGUAUUUUGUUGGUAGUGAUACACGCAUGCGCACAAGUUACAUCUUAGACAAACUAUUAUUCGGAGCAGUAAUUGUGAACUUGAGAGACUGAUAUGGUCAUUGUUGUCCAUCAUUUCUCUAUAGAUAGGUACUGUUGAACAAAUUCAAAAUAGGGCGGACCAUUGAAAUAGUCAGAUGUACUGAGCGGAACAUUCCCUAUGUUUUUUAAUACUGGACCAUUGACAGUCUCUAUCGAUCAAUGCAAUGCAAUAAAUAGUAUUUAUUUUCUCAGUUAUAAUCAAUGAUUUUAUUCAAAGGGAAUUUGAAAUCCCUACCUCUAAGCUAUGAUAUUUCGAUAUAUGUACACUGUGCAAAACAUUUCAUUUACAUUCUGACCACUAAAAUUAUAUUGGCAUUAUACCAGAUUGACUUUGUUAUGCUGGUUAUGAAGAGGGUAUUAUAUAUGAUAUUUAGUUUUAGUUACUGUACAUUUUAUGAAAUACCUCUAAGUAUAUUAUCUUCCAAGUAGAUCUUAACUGACCAAAGUUGUUCUGUCCUGUGUAUUACACAGCCAAAUUUUCUAUAGCCAUUUUACUAAGCUGCCAUCUUUAAUAAUUGCUUUUUAUUUUCACUUUUUGUUUACUUUUCGUUUUUGUAGUACACUGUAGUACAUUCUAGAUUAAAAAAAUAAUGCCACUAACCCAUGUUUUAGUCAUGUGUCAACCAUUACUUUUGAAAUGAUUUACAUAAAACCAUACAAUGUGAAAAUUGUAAAAGAGCAUCCAUGGGCUAUUGCUCAUACCCAAGGUUAGCCCCUUUUGGAAAAUGGGCUUUAAUAUUUGAAAAA